GCACUUAAUGUGUGCUUCCAGAACGCGCUAGGGAUUGUGGGUAGUAGGACAUUGCCAUAUCGUCCUGGCUGAAGGAGAGAAUGAAGGGGAUUCGCGAAAUUACUCGCUUUUCAACAAGGCUUUUCGCGGCCCAGGCUGCUCAUGCAGUGGAGUUCAAUAAGGCUGCUGAACAUGUUAAGUUGCAGCCGCAGGAAGUGCAGUUCUCCAGGCUGCCCAGUGGUUUGGUGAUCGCCUCACUGGAGAACUAUUGCCCACUUUCCAAGAUUGGAGUGUUUGUUAAGGCUGGCAGUCGUUAUGAAACUCCUGAUACCCCAGGAGUCACCCACCUGCUUCGGUUGGCCUCCAGCCUGACGACCAAAGGAGCGUCUGCUUUCAGGAUAUGCCGUGGCAUUGAGGCAGUGGGGGGCAGCCUGAGCGUGACUUCAUCCAGAGAGAACAUGAUCUACACCCUUGACUGUAUGAGAGAUGACGUCGACACAUUGAUGGAAUAUUUGAUCAAUGUGACGACGGCCCAAGAGUUCCGACCAUGGGAAGUGUUAGACCUCACGCCAAGAGUGAAUACAGACAAGGCUGUGGCUGCACACAGCACUCAGACAGAAAUGAUUGAGCUUCUACAUGAAACGGCCUACAAGAACGCCCUCUGCAACUCCUUGUACUGUCCAGACCACAUGGUUGGCAAAAUCCUGCCUGAACAUCUGCACGAGUUUGUUCAGAAUAAUUUCACAAGUGCACGAAUGGCUCUGGUUGGUCUUGGUGUGGAACACGAUGUGCUGAAGCAAGUUGGUGAGAAAUUUCUCAACAUCCGAGGUGGGAGCGGCACCAUGGGGGCUAAGGCCAUGUAUCGCGGAGGUGAGAGUCGCGUGUCUACCGGCAGCAGUCUGGUCCAUGCAGCGGUGGUGGCUGAGGCGGCGGCAUCAGGCGCCAGUGAUGCUCUGGCCUUCAGUGUGCUGCAGCAUUUGCUCGGAGCUGGUCCACACAUCAAGAGAGGCGGCACCACGAGCAAACUCUUCCCAGCAGUUGCCAAGGCAACGGCUGACCCCUUUGAUGUUACUGCUUUCAAUGUAAGCUACUCUGAUUCUGGGCUGUUUGGCAUCUAUACUAUUUGUCAGGCUGCUGCUGCUGGUGAUGUGAUCAAAGCUGCUCUUGGCCAAGUGAAGUCAAUUUCUGAUGGUGGAGUCACAGCUACCGACUUGACUCAGGCCAAGAUCCAGCUGAAGAAUCACUACCUGAUGUCUUUGGAGACGCCGGAUAGUUUGCUGGAGGAGAUGGGCACUCAGGCUUUGGGUGAUGGACUCUACCACACUCCUGAGGAAACCUCUAAAAACAUUGACAACGUGUCCUUAAAUGAUGUUGCCAACGCUGCAAAGAAGUUUGUGUCUGGUAAGAAGACUAUGGUGUCCGUCGGCAGCCUCACGAAAACACCUUUCAUCGAUGAGAUCUAAUAUCUUCUGUCAAAUCACCUUCUGUAACAACAAAAUAGAAAUUUUCUUUUUGACAAAAAAUAUAUAGGGCCAUUGCCUUUUAUAAAGUGGUUUGUCUGACUGAUAUCUAAACACUGUUGGGUAUUUAUCAGCAUUCUAAGUCUUUUCAGAUAAUGUUGCCAGAGUGCAUCACAUGGUUGUGCUUCGUUCAUGUGUCCACAUUAUCUGUAAAACUGAUGUAAAAUAAUGAAUAAAUUUCAUCUACAUU